AUGGAUUCGGAAACACCUCUGAGGAGGAAAGAUACCACCAAAGGUCCUCCGCUGAGGAUCCUCAGUUUAGAUGGAGGAGGAGUCCGUGGUUAUUCCAUGUUCAUCAUUAUACAGGAACUAAUGCACCGUACCUACGUCGAAAUCGAAGGCAAAGCCCCGCGACGCGAUCAAAUACCAAAGCCAUGCGAUCACUUCGAUCUUAUAGUUGGAACUGGUACCGGCGGUUUAAUCGCUUUGAUGCUUGGACGUCUCCGGCUGGACUUGGAACAGUGCAAGGAGUUGUAUGUCCGAUUGACGAGAAUGGUCUUCGAGACUGAUAAGACUUUUGCUGGUAUACCCUAUCGCUCGACACUAUUCAAAGCAUCGAUGCUCGAGCGCGCGAUCAAGGAAGCUGUCAGGGAACAUACUGUUUCCGACAACGAAGGAAACGAUGGAGAGGCGUCAGAUAUUCUCAGUCCACUAUCUUCCGUAUCGCGAUCGAGCGCUGGGAUGAGUAACUUCCCGCGACGGCAUCAGAGCAACGCAAGUGUUGCUAGUUUCAGCGCUCGUAGUCCAUCGAGCCAGGCUCGAUCGGCAUUUCGCGGUGGUGGUUGGGGAGAUCCUAAUGCGCGCCUAUACGAUGCAAGAGAAAACCGAACAAAAACUGCGGUCACAGCCAUGUAUAGGGGAACCACGAGAGGUGGAGAUGCCGCUAUUUUGCGAUCAUAUGAUUCGAGGAAAGAGCCCGCCCCAGAAUAUGACUGCAAGAUUUGGGAAGCAGGUCGGGCAACGUGCGCCAUCGGAUUAGCGUUCAAGCCAAUUAGAAUUGGACAAACGGUAUUCCAUGAUGAUGGAUCUGGGACUUUCAACCCGUCCCCUUAUGCUCUCGACGAGGCCACAGUCAAUGAGUGGCCAGGACGCGAAGUUGGCGUGUUCAUUAGCGUAGGAACCGGAAAGCGGCCAAAGGGUACGGAUCAAAACUCCCAUGUCUGGUACGAAGGUUUCAUGGGCGAAUGGGCAGAAGCCAGGAGGAAUCUGAUCUCUAAGGUGGAGGGCUCAGAACUGAUCCAUGAACGCAUGAAGAAGGAUCUUCUGAUGAAACGAGGUGUCAACAUCGAAAAUUACUAUCGGUUCAACGUCGAAAUCGGUGUAGGCGAAUUUGCCAUGAAUGAGUGGGAUCGAUUGGGCGAAAUCAGCACGGGCACGAGACGAUAUCUAUCAAGGCAUGCCGAACAAAAAAUGGUUCAACAGUCCGCGACGAAAUUAGCCAAGAUACAUAGGGCUAAACAGAGGUUUGACAAACUUGGUACCAUACCUGAUAUCGUAUCUUCCCAAGGAAUGGGAUCUAUAGAUGCCCCACUAGCAGUCGAACUGCCCGGCGACAUGCCUAUGUCAUUCCCAAAUCGCAAAGGCCCACCCAGUCGGGAAUCUUACGAGUCUGGCAUAGAUCACCUCUCACUUCCUGGCAACGGCACCAACACUGUCAACACGCCCUCGUCCCGCAGCUCCGGCGAGCGAUCGUCAACGGGACACCCUUCUCCAGCUCAAAUUGCCACCCGUCCCCCACAAAAGGUCCCUUCUCCACCUGCUCUGUCGCCAGCAGUCAGGCCUCCUCCACCUGAUGACGAACCUGAUCGUCUUAUAGUGACGGCUCCCACGCCAGCCCAAUAUCGCGUUGCUGCCGGAACAGAUAAAAUAGCAAUUAUGGGAGCUGACGAAUAUCCACGAAGGCAACAAAGGGAUCCCAUCGCACAGCCUGUGAUGCACCCAUACCAGCCACAUCGCAUCGAACCACCACCAUUGCCCCCUAAGACGCCACUUCCCGAGAAGCAGGCUCCGGGCGGGCGACGUCCUAGCGGUAUUUUGCCGCCCUACCCCUUGGAUGACGAUGGUCCUCCGCCUGUGGUGAACAUGGCGAGAAAGCCGGAGUAUAGAAGCAGAUGA